CGUUCCGUUUGCCCUAUUUGCUUCGGUUUGGUUCUUAAACAGUUUCAAUAAUGAAUACACUCCUGGCGAGGAGAGCGACUCUGGCAACUAACCCAGAAAUAAUUUAAAGUUACAUAAAAAAUUCUAACAGUGAUGCAGAUUUAUGAUGGACCUGUCAGACCCCGAGGAGCAGUUACUCCACUAUGCCAAGACUGGAAGCCUCUCUCUCAUCCAGUGUCUUCUGCAGCUACGGAUUGAGCAAGAGCUCAGACUCAACAUCAAUUGCAGAGGAAAGACCAAGACCAGUGCAGGUUGGACACCUCUACAUCUGGCCUGCUACUAUGGACACAAAGAUGUUGUGGAGGAGUUGCUCAAGGCUGGUGCUGAUGUGAAUUUGCAGAAUAGCAUGGGUGACACGCCUCUACACAAAGCUGCCUUAGCAGGAAGAAAGGAGGUAGUUCUGUUGCUGCUGCGAUAUGAUGCCAGUUCCACUAUCAUCAACGGGAAAGCACAGAUCCCUAAAGCUGUCACUGAGGAUGAUGAAAUCAACACCAUGCUGGAGGCUGCAGAGAGAAGAGCUGAGAGGAGACAGGAGGAGAAACUUCUGGAGGCGGCCAGAGAGGGAGACGUCUUCACCCUGUCUGAGCUGCUCAGCAGGAAGCGUCCUCCUGACAUCAAUUGUAGAGACCUGCAGGGGAACACGCCUUUACACUGUGCUGCCUACAGGGGGCAGAAGCAGUGUGUUGGAAAGCUGCUCAAGUGUGGAGCUAGCUCCAGCAUGAAGAACAAGAGUGACCAAACAGUGUUUGACCUGGCCUGCAGUGAGGAGAUUAAGCAGAUUCUGGAGGGCAGUCGUGACCAGGAUACAGUUAGUGGUGUGCAGAAGUUUGAAGGCCUCCUGUGGAAGAGUUCCAGGUUCCUGGCAUGGCGUUCCUAUUGGGUGGUCAUUCAAGAUGGGGUCCUGUCCUGGUACCCUAGACAAGCUGAUGCCGUGGCGGAUGUCCGGAAGCAAGGCGCUAAGGCUCUGAUGAAAGCUCACUGCAGGGUAAAAGCAUGGGACAAGUGUUUCUUCAGCCUCCGGUGCUUUGAUCACAGUCUCCAUCACUUCAAGGUGUCAUCUAAGACUGAUCCAGAGGCUAUCAGAAAAAGAUGGCUGGAUGCCCUGGAGGAGCAUACGGCCUAUAGCAGCUGUAACACUACCCAGGAGCAGACCACUGAGGAUGAGGGGGAUGAAGCUACACUGGGGGACCUAACAGACUCCCUCCAGGCUGCUGAAGUCUGCCAGCAGAAAUUGGAGACUCAAGUGUCUAUUUUUCUGUCCAUGGUGAAGAAUGAGGAGAACAACACAUUGGCUACUCCUCUCCUGCUGAAGGCCAGGGAGACCAGUGACCUCUCCAGGGAGACCAGCUCUGCCCUACACUUCUGUCUGAGCCUGUUUUCCAAACAACAGGAGGUGUGGAGCCUGAAGUUGGAGCAGGAAGUAGAGAAGAACAAGCUGCUAACAGAGGCUCUCCAGACCUUAGCUACAGAGCACCAGGAUCUAGACCAGCAGUCCCUCUGUAAAGGCAGGAGGUCCUCCACGCUAAGCACACUCACAGAGGAUGACUUCUAUGAUGCCCUGUCCGAGUCCGACGACGAGCAUUCUCUCUCUCUGAGCGGCUUCCUGUCUGUGGCCGGACACUCGUGUGAAGAGGAGGAAGAAGGGGAGGUGAAGGAAGAGGAGAGAGAGCCCUCUCUGUUCAGCAGCAGCACCCUCAGGGGACCCGCUGCCGCCUGCGACAUGUCUGGGGAGGUUAACCAUGGCGACAAGAAGGCCCAAUGCAACGGAGUGAAGAAGCACAGAACGUCUUUGCCCGCGCCCAUGUUCUCCAGGAAUGACGUCAGCGUCUGGAGCAUCCUGAAGAAAUGCAUCGGCAUGGAGCUGUCUAAGAUAGCCAUGCCAGUAAUUUUCAACGAGCCCCUGAGUUUUCUUCAGCGGCUGACCGAGUACAUGGAGCACACGUAUCUCAUCCACCAGGCUAACGCUGCCACAGACUCCAUGGAGAGGAUGAAGUGUGUGGCAGCAUUUGCUGUGUCUGCUGUAGCAUCACAGUGGGAGAGGACUGGAAAACCCUUCAAUCCACUUCUAGGAGAAACCUAUGAGCUAAUCAGAGAGGACCUAGGGUUCAGGUGGAUGUCGGAGCAGGUGAGCCACCACCCCCCCGUCAGCGCCUUCCACGCCGAGGGCCUGCAGGAGGACUUCCUGUUCCACGGCUCCAUCUACCCCAAACUCAAGUUCUGGGGAAAGAGUGUGGAGGCAGAGCCUAAAGGCAUCAUCACCCUGGAGCUGCCCAAAUGUAAUGAAGCAUACACCUGGACAAACCCCACCUGCUGUGUCCACAACAUCAUCGUGGGCCAGCUGUGGAUCGAGCAGUAUGGCAAUGUGGAAGUGAUCAACCACAAGACCGGCGAGAGAUGCAGCCUGACGUUCAAACCAUGCGGUAUGUUUGGCAAGGAGCUGCACAAAGUGGAGGGCUAUAUUCUGGAUAAAAGCAAAAAGAAGCUCUGCGCCAUAUAUGGUAAAUGGACCGAGUGCUUAUACACUGUGGACGCCGCCACCUUUGAUGCUCACAAGAAAUCUGACAAGAAGAACUCUGAGGAGAAGAAAAGCAACACGCAGACCAGUGUAGACAAAGAGCCAGAGGAGAUGCCCCUGCCUGAUGGAGACACGGUCCAGGUCAUCCCAGGAAGUGAGCUCAUCUGGAGGAUAGUCCCCCGACCAGACAACUCUGCAGAGUUCUACGCCUUCUCCACGUUUGCCAUGCAGCUGAAUGAGCUGGAGGGGGGCAUGAAGGGGGUCCUGCCCCCCACAGACUGUCGGCUCAGACCUGACAUCAGAGCCAUGGAGAAAGGAGACAUAGAUUUGGCAAGUGCAGAGAAGAAGAGGGUAGAGGAGAAACAAAGACUGGCCCGGAAAAAUCGCUCCAAAUCAACAGAGGAAUGGAAAACAAGGUGGUUCCACCAAGGCUCCAACCCUCACAUCAAAGCUCAGGACUGGCUCUACUCCAAUGGCUACUGGGAACGGAACUACUCCCUGCUGCCUGAUAUUUACUGACCUACAAGACACACAUCUCUAUCUGUACUCAUCUCAACUGUCUCUGCUGUUUUUCAUAUUCAGGUUGGCACUUCAAGUCCCUAACCUGCUCUGGUCCUAUAUAUGGUAAGGCUAUUAUUGGGAAUUGACUGACGGCAAAGGAAACAACCAUUCGGUAGUCCCCAAAUGUUAUCUCUUAUCGCAGCCUAUGUCUCACUCAAAGCACAAGGGUGAAGUUCUCAUGAGCAUGUAAGCUAUGGUCAUUGACUAGUGUAUAGAAUUAUAAUAAAACUAUAGGGUGUAACCUGCCGUUCAUUUUAACAAAUGGGAGUGUUUUGAACGGCGUGAAUUGAAUGCAGUAUGUCUUCAGAAAUGUUUUUCCUGUCAAAAACACGUUGCGCUCAGUGCUAUUACUUACCAAUGUGUGCAGCUACAUUAUCCUUCUGAUACAGUAUCAAUUUGUGGAAAAAUAGAGCUUUCAAAUAGUGUGUGAAAUAGGCGUGUUCCAACUUCCUGCGGUCUCUGCUAUAGGCUACCAAACUAAGCUGUCAUUAUGACACAUUUGAUCUGCUUCCACCUCUAACUAUGCCUGGGAAGAUUAUACAUGUUUGUACAUAUUAUUGGAUAGAGGUCUUCUGUUCUCCUGAGCUGUAAUACAAUGAAGUUAUUUAUGAAUUGAAGAUGUAUAGAGGAGAAUAACUACUGUACAAGUAAGGCUUUCUUCAAUGACGCUUGAGAGAACUUAUUUUAUCCAAGUUUGACCACUUGGCUCUAUAUGAAGAUAUAUUUAUCUGUAUGCAAAAGUUUCCUCUAUCGUAAAAAUGUCAUUCAGGAUAUUCUGAGAGGUAGCCCUCACACACUGAAUACACAUAUGGCACAUGCACCACUUUGACUAUGCAAGCAUUAGCUGCACUACACUCACAGACACACAGUAAGGCUGUUUCCAAAUGACACCCUAUUUCCUACAUAGCACACUACCUUUGACUUGAGCCCUAUGGGGGAAUAGGGUGCCAUGUGGGAGACGGACACUGUUCAACACACUCAUGUACGGCAUAAUAUUCAUCUCCCUGGUUGUGAACAGCUGCUGCUGUAACCUCUGUAAGUUGGUAGGUAGGUAGGAUUAUCAUGUAAUAGAUGACAGUACAGUAGACUGGGCCUGUCGCCCCCUCUGAAUGCAUGUUUUUUCCUAGAGGCUACUCUCCCUUUGUGUAUAGCACAUUACAGAAUAAAGAUCAUUUCUAUUGUUGCUAAAUAAAAACGUAAUGUUACCUUA